AGUAUUUUUGUUUUACACUUGCACUUCUUCCGGUCUCUCUCCAUCGGCAUCGGCUCCUGCUCUUCGUAAGCAUCUCUCUCUCUCUUUCGUUCCAUUAUUUUUUCGGUGCGAAACCCUGGUUGGUGUUGCAAUUAUAACCUCAGAUUCAGAGGGACAAGUUCAACGGUAGCGGAAUUUCCAUUUGAAUUUGAGUAGACAAGGUGAAAUCCGAGGAAUUUCGCGGUCGAGAGAACUUUAAUUUGCAAUCGAAAUUUGAUCGUCUUUUUAGGUUCAAUAGUUGCGCUGGUAACGCUUCAAUUCGAGCCUGUCUUGGGAGUUUGUUCCAUAGGGCAUGGCAUAUCCGGAACCUGCUGAUGCAGAAAGAGAGGUGAUGCAAGUCAACAGUGCUCAGCGGAAACCCAGGAUUUUACUUGCUGCCAGUGGAAGUGUGGCUGCAAUUAAGUUCGGGAAUCUCUACCAUUCUUUCUCCGAAUGGGCAGAUGUUAGAGCAGUGGCUACUAGCGCCUCUUUGCACUUCAUCGAUCGAGCAUCUCUUCCUAAGGACGCGAUACUGUAUACCGAUGUGGAUGAGUGGAAUGGUUGGAACAAAAUUGGAGAUAGUGUUCUUCAUAUUGAGCUUCGCCGGUGGGCUGACAUCAUGGUCAUUGCCCCUCUGUCUGCAAACACGCUCGGCAAGAUUGCGGGUGGAUUAUGUGACAAUCUAUUGACGUGUGUCGUGCGAGCAUGGGACUAUAACAAGCCACUUUUUGUUGCACCAGCCAUGAAUACCUUCAUGUGGACCAACCCAUUUACCGAACGACAUCUCAUUGCAAUCGAUGAACUUGGGAUAACCCUCAUCCCACCUGUUACCAAGAGACUAGCCUGUGGGGACUACGGCAAUGGUGCAAUGGCUGAACCUUCCUUAAUCUUCUCUACAGUGAGACUCUUCUUCGAGUCACGAAUGCAACAAAGUGCCAGAAAUGGCGAAUAGUUCAGUACAUGAAAGCCUUUGUCAAGAAGAGGAGAGAGAUGGAAGGGAUAGUAGAUCUCCGCUUAAUUAACAAUUGGAAGUUGUAGCUGUUGCUAUUUAAUCUUGUAUAAAUUCGUUUUUGUUAACCCCUCUGUGCUGAACCCUCUGUUCCCCUUUGUGCAUUAUGUAGACUGUAGAGGCACUAAAAGCCUUGGAACAAUAUUUUUAAGGAUAUUUCUUAGUUUAUGAAGCCAUCACCUAGUUCAUAUUUGGUCAAA